AGUUUCUAGGGUUUAUGCGCUCUUUGCUUUAGAUUCACUGCAGAGCUCUGGCUAUGGAUCCCUCGGCGGAAGCGUAUCACCACCACCAUCACCACUACACGGAGUUCGUGCCGCCGGAUCACGGCCAUCGCUACUCGACUUGGACGAUUCCCGUGGGUUUGUUCUUGGUCUACCUUACAUUCAAGCUCCUCUCGAGGCCGCGGCUACCGCCGGGGCCAAAGCCAUGGCCGAUCAUCGGGAGCCUCCAUCGCGUGUCGCCGGUGAGAUUUCGAUGCUUCAUGGACUGGGCGGAGAAGCACGGGCCGAUCAUGUCAGUGUGGAUGGGGACGAAUCUCAAUGUGGUAAUUUCCAAUGCCGAGCUCGCCAAGGAGGUGCUCAAGGAGAAGGACAAGGAGCUCGCAUCGCGGCCGCUCACGCGCGCUGCCGCUAGGUUCUCCAGGAACGGCCAGGAUCUCAUCUGGGCCGACUAUGGCGACCACUAUGUCAAGGUGAGGAAGCUGUGUACGCUGGAGCUCUUCACGCCCAAGAGACUCGAGUCCCUGCGAUGGAUCCGCGAGGAGGAAGUGGGCGCUAUGGUGAAGUCCAUCUUCCAGGACGUGAAGAACAAUGGUGGCGCGGCGGUGACCGUGAAGAACUACGUCUCGGCGGUGGCGUUCAACAACAUCACGAGGAUCGUCUUCGGGAAGAGGUUCGUGGACGAGAAUGGAGAGAUGCUGCCGCAGGGCGUGGAGUUUAAGGCGAUCAUCUCGCAGGGGAUGAAGCUCGGGGCGUCGCUCACCAUGGCGGAGCACAUCUCCUUCAUCCGCUGGAUGUUCCCACUCCAGGAGGAGGAAUUCGCCAAGCACGGCGCCAGGAGAGACAGCCUCACCAAGGAGAUCAUGGAAGAGCACGCGCUGGAGAAGAAGAAGAGUGGAACGAGCCAGGAACACUUCGUGGACGCGCUGCUCAAUCUCAAGGACCAGUAUGGUCUCAGCGAGACCACCGUGAUCGGCCUCCUUUGGGACAUGAUCACCGCGGGGAUGGACACCACGGCCAUAUCAGCCGAGUGGGCGAUGGCCGAGAUCAUCAAGCACCCGAAAGUCCAGGAGAAAGCUCACGAGGAGAUGGACCGAGUGAUCGGAAAGGAGCGGAUCAUCACCGAGGUGGACGUCCAGCAGCUGCCAUACCUCCAGAGCAUCGUUAAAGAGGCACUCCGGCUCCACCCAACGACGCCGCUCAUGCUCCCACACAAGGCCACCACCCGCGUCAAGAUCGGAGGCUACGACAUCCCCAAGGGGACCAUCGUUCACGUCAACGUUUACGCGAUCGGGCGAGACCCCAAGGUGUGGAAGCGAGCGUCGGUGUUUCGCCCCGAGCGGUUCCUGGAAGAGGACGUUGAUAUCAAAGGCCACGACUACAGGCUCCUACCUUUCGGCGCUGGCCGGAGGAUCUGUCCGGGAGCUCAGCUCGGCCUCAACAUGGUCCAGCUCAUGGUUGCUCGGCUUCUCCACCAAUUCUCCUGGGCACCACCGCCGGGAGUGAAGCCCGAGAAGAUCGACCUCACGGAGCGUCCGGGUGUUGUGACGUUCAUGGCGAAUCCUGUCCAAGCUGUCGCGACGCCGCGCCUUGCCGAGAAGCUUUACGAGUGAACUUCUGUCCGGGUGAGUCGUUGAUAUACGUGUGCUACUUAUAAGCCUUUUUGUUGUUGUAUAAGCCUUCGAAAGACAAUCAAACAAUCAAGCCGAGCUCGUUUGCUAUGGGAA